UAUUAGCAGAGCGUCUUCACGACCAAAAGAAGGGUUUAAGCCUUCUCCCCCUCUUCUCUGCAACUAGGGUUUCUAAUCUAUACAUACACACAUUCUGUAUCCAUUUCCGCCACCCAUCACUAUGACUCUCCGUCGCCUCCUCCUCCUCCGCUCCCUCCGCCGUUACUCCUCCACUCCCAACCCUUUCCCCUUUCAUUCCCCCACUUCUUCUACCUCCGCCGCCGAUAUCCCCAAUCAUCCUCCCCCAAAUUCUCCAUACCCUAAUUCCCCCACUUCCGCCUCCAACGCCGCCGCUUCCGAUCAAUACUACUCCUCCAACACCGCCGCAAAUGCAUUCAACUAUCAUCAGAUCACGCCGGCGAAUGAUGCUUCGAAUUACCACCAGUACAAUCGUCAAAACGCGUCCGCCUCCGGUGGUCCUAAUUACCAGUACAAUCCACCGAACACGGCUUCCUCCGGUGGAUCAAAUUACCAGUACAAUCCUCCGAAUACGGCUGCCUCCGGCGGAUCAAAUUACCAGUACAAUCCUCCGAACACGGCUGCCUCCGGCGGAUCAAAUUACCAGUACAAUCAACCGAACACCGCUGCCUCCGGUGGAUUAAAUUACCAGUACAAUCAUCAUAACAACCCCACCAACGGCGCAUCAAAUUACCAAUACAAUCAUCAGAGCAUUCCAAACGGUGCGUCAAAUUACCAGUACAAUCCUCAACAGACGGCUGCCUCCGGUGCGUCAAAUCACCAGUACAACUCUCAAAAUACAUCCACCUACAACGCUGCCGCCGCUUACGAAAGUCCCCAGUUUUCCACCUCCAACGCGGCUUCCGCCACCAACAACCACUUCUCCCCCUCUGAUGCCACGUCCGCCGCCGCCACCACCAACAACUUCCAGUUCCCAGUGUCCAAUACCGCCGCUGCCACCACACCAUUUGUUCCCCAGCGAUCAUACGGCUUCUCUUCCGCUGAGGAAGCUGCCGCCGAACGCCGCCGCCGCAAGAGGAGACUUAGGAUCGAGCCGCCGCUCUAUGCUCUCCGCCCCAACCCUCAACCCUCUCCGAACAACAACGCCAACAAUCCUGACAAGCCCCGCCUCCCUGAUUCUACCUCCGCCCUCGUGGGCCCCCGCCUCAACCUGCACAACCGCGUCCAGUCCCUCAUUCGUGCAGGUGACCUCGAUUCUGCCUCCUAUGUCGCCCGACAAUCUGUUUUCCAGUCAGUGCGCCCGACCGUUUUCACUUGCAAUGCUAUUAUUGCAGCAAUGUACCGUGGCAAACGCUACAACGAUGCUAAAGCCCUGUUUCAGUACUUCUUCCGCCAGUUCAAUAUUAUACCAAACAUUGUUUCAUAUAAUAACCUCAUUGUCUCUCACUGUGAGUCCAAUGAGAUAGACGAUGCACUGAAAGUUUACGCCGACAUUCUUGAAAAUGCCCCUUAUAGCCCGUCGGCUGUUACCUAUCGCCACCUAACAAAAGGGCUUAUUGAUGCCGAACGCAUGAACGAUGCAGUGGAUUUGCUUCGUGAAAUGCUGCACAAGGGCCACGGUGCCGAUUCUUUGGUUUUCAAUAACGUGAUUCUCGGUUUCUUGAAUUUGGGUAACUUGGACAAGGCUAACGAGCUGUUUGACGAGUUGAAGGAGCGGUGCACAGUUUACGACGGGGUCGUAAAUGCAACAUUCAUGGAGUUUUUCAAUCAGGGAAAGCCCAAGGAGGCAAUGGAGUCUUACAGAGAUUUGAUGUCGAGGAAUUACAGGAUGGUGCCCGCCACUCGAAAUGUGCUUUUAGAAACUUUGUUGAAGCACGGUAAAAAGAAAGAAGCAUGGGAUUUAUUCAACGACAUGUUGGACGACCACACACCACCGACAUUCCAGGCGGUGAAUUCAGAAACUUUCAAUAUGAUGGUCAACGAAUGCUUUAAAGAAGGUAAGGUCGAAGAGGCGAUGGAGGUUUUCAAGAGAUCGGGUAAGGGAGUAAAGUCGAAGCCUUUCCAAAUGGAUGUGGCAGGUUUUAACAAUAUGAUGACAAGGCUGUGUGAGCUUGAUAUGAUGGACGAAGCGGAACAAUACUACAAGCAGCUAUGUGACAAGUCAUUAUCGCCAGAUGUUAAUACGUAUAAAACAAUGAUCGAUGCGUAUAUUAAAGUGGACAGAGUUGAUAAUGUGGUGGAGAAGUACGCGAAAAUGGUUGAGGUGGGUUUGAGGGUUAUCCCUCCUUACGCGAAUAAGUGGUUUGGUUUCUUGAUUGAGAAAGGCAGAGCUUCUGAUUGUUUACCGAUUUUGUCGAAAAUGGUUGAUAAGGAACCGAAACCUGAUGUGACGACUUAUGAUAUUGUGAUAAGGGGUCUUGUUGAGGAAGGUAAUUUCGAUGCCAGUGCCAAUCUGCUUAGAGAGAUGACGAACCAAGGUAUUGGAACUACUGCUCCGCUUAAAGCAUUCGUGUUGGAUGUUUUCGAGAGACAAGGGCGGCGUGUGGAGAUCGAGAAUAUUCUGAACAGGUUUCAAAGUCCUUAUCAGCCUCAGAGGUCUUAUCUACCACCGCAAGGUCCGCCUAGGGUUGAGCACGGAGGAAGAAACCCUACGAUGCCAUGGCAGACAGCUUCUUCUCCUUCCUCGCCUCCUCAGACGCCUUAUUCGAAUCAAUUUGCAGAACAUACGCGUGGGCUCCACAUGGCAGAACAGGUGCAGGAAGUGGAGUUUCCUCUUGCAGCAGGACAAAAUGCUGCUUAAUGUGCAGGUGGAUUAUUUUCGUAUUUAUACGUUUUUUUUUACAGCAUGGCCGAUUUUUUUCUCCGUUAGGACUGCGAAACGACAUGAAUAUUGAUCAUGAGAAAAUUUUGUAGUAGUGUGUGCUCAUAGCUUCUGGGAGCUGCAAACAUUAUUCUUGCAUUUGGCAUUAAACAUUUUAUUAUAUGUGUAAUUUGUCAAUGUAAUGAUUUAAGGGGUCUCUUGAGUAAUAUAAAUAAUUUCGUUUUCAUUCGUUGGUCAUCUUCGUGUAUAUUUUUACGGGCUCGUUUUAUAUUUCGAGCUCGUUUAGGAAGGAUGUGAUUACAUAAGAUAUAUGGUUGCGU